UCUCCCGCCGAGAAUUGCCCUCAUGCGGAUGCGCCUCCUUCACCCACCCUGUCGCUGUCCCAAUCCCUAUCGAAACCGGCAGGGAAGAUGGUCCAAGGUAAAGAUGGCGUACGAUACAUGGACAGCCAUGUAGGAGCAGCUAUUCAUGAAGAGCUUCGGGCCAUUAGAAUCAUGCUUGAAGCCGAUGCGAGCCUAGGUGAGGAGGCACCGCCUCGAGAUAUGGCUGGAGACAAUAUCCUUGCAGCCAAAUUCGUGACGGCUUCCUUUGCCUCUGUCCAACCCAGCACAGUCCAGGCCUACACUCUUUGGCAGGUAUUCUUGAACCGAGUAAACCCUCUGACCAAAGUAAUCCAUACCCCAUCGGUGCAACCCUACAUAACAGAGAAAGAAUCCAGUAUAGAAUCUAUCCCUCUCAAUUAUCAAGCGCUACGCUUCGUCAUCUUUACUCUGGCUUCCAUGUCAAUGUCGGAAUCGGAAUCACAACAAAGGCUAGGAUGCUCGCGCCAGGAUGCGAUCAGCAACUACACACAAGGCGCCGAGAUAGUCUUGAGGAAACUCAACGUGAUGAAGAACUUUGACAUGGUGAUAUUGCAGGCUUUAGUGCUGUACUUGCUCUCCAUCCGAAAUCGCUAUGGCAAGGACAUGGCCUGGAUUCUAACCGGCGCCGGUCUCCGGAUGGCCAUAAAAAUGGGAUACCAUCGGGAUGGCGAGCUCCUGGGCCUGCCUCCGUUUGAGACAGAGAUGCGAAGGCGCAUAUGGUGGCACAUCAUGCUGCAAGAUGUCAACCACACCUUGACCUCGGCCUUGAGUUGCUCUCAGAUGCCCAUCAGCUGGGAUUGUAAAAUGCCCCAGAAUUUCAAUGACGCCGACCUAUUCCCUGGAUCCGUCGACCCUGUACAGCCUCGCGAAGGCCCUACCGAGAUGGCUUUCUGCCUUAUCAUCUACCAAAUUGUCAAGUCUAUUCUCUCUCUAGAGAGUCUCCGUGGCACAGCAGGACUCGAGAUCGCUACUAUCUGGAACACCGAGGAUGUUGCAGCAAAUCCUGUAGCCUCUUCAAUCCUUCAAAGAUUCAGGGAGGAUCUUGACGAACUAGACCAGGUUCUAAUGGAUAUUGAACGCCGAUAUGUGUCUGGAUCCGCUGGCAGGAUCCAUGCCGCAGCUCUAAGCCUACGGCGCGUCCUGAUCAGCAAAGGCAGAGAGAUGAUAGUCCCGAUGAUGGAGCAGCCCGAAUGGGGGACUGAGAUUUUCACCAUCGACGACAACCUCUUCAAGAUUAUUAUCAUCAAGAAUGAAAUCUUUGCUAGCUUCGAUGAGGCAAUGGACUCGGCAGACUUCCUCUGGUAUUCAAAGAUUCAGUUUCAAAGAGGCAGCUUUGCUGUCAUGACCUCGAGGCUUCACCAGAAACCAGUUGGAGGCCUUUCAGAUAGAGCCUGGCGUGUCGUCGAGGCGGUAUACAAGUUUCACCCAGAGCUUUUCGACAUGAACGACAGACCCUCUAUGGCGCAAGCAUACAUCACCCUCAAACCAUGGAAAGCUCGGCACGAAGCU